UCUAAUUUCAGCAAAGCUAGAAAUGUUUCCCAGUUCACAUAUGUGGCAAAAUCAUAUCCGCGGCCUGGCUGCCGCUAUUAUGUCUAGAGGUUCCGAGCACGCCUACUCGGAAAAUAAUCUGAGGCUGUUAGCGGCUUCACGCUUGUUCAUAAUUUUGCAAACACUCUCAUAGAGACGGCCUACCUUUCUUUCCGACCCUUUACGACAAGACCUAUUUCUUAUUCACUCCGCAUUUACGUUGGAAAUAAGAGCGGCGCAGUAUGAACUCAAGGAUCCGAUCACGAUUCUGGAAAAUAACCUCCACGAUCCACUAGAUCAUCUAAUAAUAGACGUCGCUUCGACAGCUGCCGUUGCCUCUAAAUAUGACCAAUUACUUGCGAAUAUGUCAGGGGUAGUUUCCCACAGCGCCAGUGACAGCGGAAAGACUCUAAUUAAUCUGCAUAAUGAAGCCGAAACACUAUUAGUCCGAAUCGAGACGCAGCUUGCGUGUUGGUACACGACCAUCUGCGAAACCCCACUGACAGUCUGGCUUUUACUGACAGUCUGGCUUUUGAAUCACCAAAACGCGAGCGCUGGGUUCUGGUCUACAGUGGAGUCAGAUCUCCAAUACGUCGUCGACACCGUUCUUUCAUUCCGUUCGAUGAGGGACUACCAGAUCUUUACCCUCCAAUGUGCAGCUGCUAUGUUUCUUCGGCUUCUUAUUAGCGAUAUGCUAGCCCUGACGCGCACUAUGAGGCUACAUGCAACAUUCAUUGAUCCAUACGACAAUAUUGAACGACAUCGAGUCAAGCUUAUGGGCUAUGCGCAGAGGGUACUGCAAACUAUCGGCUAUGGCGUGCUAAAAGAGAGCAGAUUGACAGCUCCCUUCUUCCUGGCAACUGCUUUCCAAAUGGCGACUGUAAUUACGGAAAGGGAACGUGAGAUUCUUAAAGCACAAAACGGUGAUAGAGAUCUGAUAAAGAGAUGCGAAGAUAUGAGAGGUCUGGCCAUAUAUUACAUGAACUGGGCCACGCGGGAUAAAAUCUCAAUCAAGAUGGACGUGAGCCCUCCUUAUUAAUAGGUACAUGAGUUGACGGCUUAUGAAGACAGACAUCUUUAUACUAGAUUGAGAGGUACC